UUUUAAGGAUUUACAUUGAUUCUAAGGAGCGUAGGCGAAGAAGAUAUAUGAAGCACGCGCAUAGCACGUGGCUGAAAGAUCUGCAGAGAAACAUUUGGAGGCGGUGGAGAAGAAAGGAGUAGGGUUGAUCAGAGACGACGACCAUGGCCAUCAGAACUCUCACUCACACUCAUACUCAAACUGCAAUAACCUUUCUCAUUUUUCUCUCUUUCUUUCUUCGUACUCAAUCCGAGGUUAUAACCUUAACCUCUGAUACAUUUAAUGAUAAGAUCAAGGAGAAGGAUACUGCGUGGUUUGUGAAAUUCUGCGUCCCCUGGUGCAAGCAUUGCAAAAACCUGGGCUCUUUGUGGGAUGAUUUGGGAAAGACAAUGGAAGGAGAAGAUGAAAUAGAGGUUGGGGAAGUGGAUUGCGGCAUGGAGAAAACAGUCUGUUCCAAAGUUGAUAUUCAUUCGUAUCCUACCUUUAAGGUUUUCUAUGAUGGUGAAGAAGUAGCAAGAUAUCAAGGUUCAAGGGAUGUUGAAUCAAUGAAAACCUUUGUUUUGGAAGAAGCUGAAAAGGCAGCAGCAAAAGCACUUGACAGCGAUAAAGAAUUAUAACAACUUUUGAGUUUCUUCAGGCGCAGUCAUCAUCUGGAUUGCAACCAGCCCUUUACUGUAGGUGGUGCACUUCCCAGAUCAGCAAUCACCUUCAGGUUCAGUCUGAGACAUUCAUUUUUCUCUGUUCUGAUCAGCAUUUGUUUGUUUCACCUAGCAGCUGUAACUAAUUCCGUAUACUACCACAAUUUCUUUCUUUUAUACUCCACAAUUUUCAUUUUUAGGUUUUUUUGUACUCUAAAAAGCUGAUAGUGGCUUGUCAAUGUUAAAAGUUCCAUUCGAUACUGU